AUUUGGAAGACUUACACGCUGAUCUUCACACCAGGCAAUCGUCGUAACUGCAAGCAUGUCCGUCUCUGAAACCAAGAAAGUGGCUGCUCUGGGUCAGCCCUUCACUUUGGGAAUGCUCUAUAACGCCUGCAAAGAUGAGCUGAUCCCAGGUUUAAAUCUGUGGGACGCAGCAACUCUAGAAAGCCACACCUCUGAAACUGCUCAAAAAAGCAGUUCUUUUAAGAUUACAGCUUCUGACACCAUUGAAUCGAGGUCUUCUCUGAUGGAUAUUGAAGCUUCUCUGAAGCUCAGUUUCUUGGGUGGGCUGGUUGAGGUUGGAGGAUCUGCCAAGUACCUGAAUGACCAGAAGAAAUUCAAGAACCAGAGCAGGGUAUCCUUUCAGUAUAAAGCUACCACCAACUUCAAGCAGCUUUCUGUACCUGCUCUCGGACCGCUGAACAGUCAACAAAAACAAAUCAUUGAGAAAGGCAAGGCAACACAUAUCGUCACGGGCAUCCUUUAUGGGGCAAAUGCGGUCUUUGUGUUCGACAGUGAGAAGUUGGAGUCCAGCAGUGUUCAAGAUAUUCAGGGCAACAUGGAAGCUGUGAUCAAAAAGAUCCCUUCAUUUAGCCUUGAAGGCAGUGCUCGUGUACAUCUGUCUAAAGAAGAACAAGAUCUAACAAACAAGUUCAGCUGUAAAUUCUUUGGGGACCUCAUCCUUGAUACAAACCCUGCCACAUUUAAUGAUGCAGUAAAAGCCUACUGUGAGCUUCCAGCGCUAAUGGCACAAAAGGACAACAGAGUUCCUUUGGUUGUCUGGCUGUAUCCUCUGAAAUUAUUGUACGACGAGGCUCCUAAGCUGAUCGGCGACCUCAGCAUUGCCCUGGCAAGGAAAAUUCAAACUGCUAUGGAAGAUGGAAAUGAAGUGGAAAUGAGAUGCAACGAGAGCUUGUAUAGCAGUGUUGCACGGGAGUUCACUGUAAUCCACAAAAAUUUAAAUAGUUUCAAAAAUUUAUGUUCUUUUUACACAUCCUCAAUCAAAUUGCUGUUGGCUAAGAGUCUUCCUGCUAUCCGUGAUGGCAAACAGGAUGAGAGCGCUUUAGCAAAAGUCUUGAAUGACCGUGAAAAGUCUCCAUUCAGUCAAGAACACCUUACCAAGUGGUUGGACAGCAAAGAACGAGACAUCAAUGUCAUUCGGUCCUGUGUUGACAUGAUAAUGCGCGAAUCAAAUGCCUGUGUCGUUCGCACAAAGACCGAAUUGGAUCGAGUGGUUCUUGCUCCAGGUGUCACAAAUGUUCUUGUCUAUGUUUUCACCAGCGUGGACCCUGCUGACCCUUACCUUGAUGCCAUGGCUAAAUACUUAGACACAUCCCAAUUACAAGAAACCGGUGAAACCAAUUCGUACUUCACGAAUGCUGAUAUCAUCCAAAUGAGAGAAGAUGUCCAAACAUUCCUUAAAUAUGCCAAACCUCUGAGGCGUAGCAGCAGUGUAAAGUUCCUCAUAACUGCCCUACCAAAUAAGAAAUACAAGGCAUCAAGCAUCUACCAUUACAAGGAUGGCCUUCUAUUCAGUGACAAGUUCACAGUGCCAUCCGUCCCAGCACCUGACAAGAUCACAGACAGAAAUCAAGUCAUCUGGCAUGCUAUUGAUCUCACAUUGGAUGAAAAUACUGUCGACACACACCUCACUCUGUCUGAGGGGAACAAGAAGGCGACAAAUAGCAGUGGCUGGUCGUUUCCUAUUAACAUAGAGUGGAUAAAUGAUCAAGCUCGAGUUCUCUGCAAAGAAGGGAUGACUGGUCGUCAUUAUUGGGAGGUUGAGUGGAGGGGUGAAACGCAUGUGGUGGCCGCAUACUCUUCAGCUCUAAUGCCAGAACGGAAGUUUGGAGAUCGGUUUUAUUCCUGGGGAUUCCAAGUAAAUCAUGACUUCGAAAUAUUGGGAUCAGAUGUGGCGGUACUAAUACCAGGCUUGUUUGAAAUUGGCAUUAAAUCUGAAUCUACAGUGUUGAAACACGCCCUUUCUGGCAUCCAAAAGAUUGGAGUGUUUCUCGACUGGCCAGGUGGUACUCUUUCCUUCUAUGGUGUCUCUGGAAACAAAAUGAAACACUACUACACCUUCAAUAAAGCAUUUGAUGAACCAAUUUAUGCAGGUUUUGCAGCAUAUUACCACCAGAGUUAUGCUUUACUGUCAUCGUUUUAGAUACUGCUGCAAAGCCGCAUUGUGAUUUUAUUAUCAACUAUGCAACAGUUUUAGAUUCACUAGUUUUAAACAGCUUUGUAGUUCUUACAACCACCACCGUCAGGCCUGGAGCUGAGGAACAGUAUGGUUUAGCACGUUUAUUAAGCUCCUUUCUAGUUUUAUCAAUGUCCUUGACUGCUAGCAAAUCUAAGACCAAGUUUAGACAUGCCAACAUCUUUUCCAGGCUCAUGUCGUUCAAUGGGGAGUGCUUUGUGGUUUAGGCAGCAGGAUUGGUUCGGUAUUGUUGUGCAAAGCGCAUUUAAAGUCUAAACGGGGCUGAAACCGUGUCAGAAUACGAAAAAAAUGAUGUUGCGUGUCCAUUAUGGCACAACAUUCUAAUGAACUUUCCACUAAUGUUGUUUCCAUGGUGUCCUGACACGAGUCACAAGUCAGUUCAUUGAUAGCAAUAGCAUAAAUAUUUUAAAUUGGUAUCAGCUUGAUAUAAUCUAUGAAUCUUGUUUGAAAUUUUCCGAUUUGACAUGUUUAGAAAAUAGAGGAAGAGUGUGUACGUCCAAGAAGCUGCAGUGUCAAUUUCCUUAGGAAAAAGUGGUAUAAAAAAUAGAUUGGUAGCCAGCAAAUGCUAUGAUGAACAGCCCCUGUUUUAAUCGUGAUAAAAUUUGUAGAAAAUGCUUUGGCUUCGUUAUUUUUGUUAUUAGUGUGUCCCUGUUGAAACGUAAAGAAUUUUAUCUUCAUAUUAGUAGAAAAGAAAUGUAUCAUUGAUCAUUGAUCAGCUUUGCUCUAGUUGACUUGGGAAUUUUCUUCAUCUUUGUUAAAAUACCUUUGUCUUCUUGCUUUUGAUGGCAUGCCGAAAUAGCGGUUGAACCAAACAAAAAUGCUACAUUUUGCCUGAUGACCUCUUUUGUGGUAUUGGCAAAUCACACCAGCUUUCUUGUCAAUAAGAUUUAAAGUCACAUUUGCCGCACUCUGGAA